AUGUCAGACUCCACAUAUACUCCCAAAUCGAUUGUGCUUGCCAAGGUAAAGGGAUAUCCUCCUUGGCCAGCAAUGGUGUUGGACGAAAGUUUACUUCCAGAACAUAUCCUAAUCAAAAAGCCAAAGACUGUGAAACAGCCUAAGGCAUCAUCAAAGAAUACCAAGAAAGUUGAGAUACUCCCUGUGAGAUUUUUCAGCGACGACACGUAUAUCUGGAUUAAGGACUCAGAUGUCAAGGAUUUAAAGGAAGAUACGAUUAAGGGGUUUUUAGAAAAAGAAGGUGCUAAGAGGAAGAAUGAUAACCUAUUAAAGGUAGCCUACGAGUUGGCAAAUAGUCCGCCAGAUAUGGAAUUAUUCAUAAAGUUCGGAUCUAAGGGAGAACCAGAACCAGAACCAGAACCAGAGCCUGAACUAGAAUUGGAAGAACUGGAGGCUGAAACCAAGGAGCCACCUAAAAAGAAGCAGGCCAAAUCUCGAGCCAAACCCGGCCCCAAGGCUUCUUCUAGCAAGGCUUCUUCUAGCAAGGCAGCAUCUAGUAAGGCAGCAUCUAGUAAGGCAGCUUCUACUAAAGCAGCAUCUAGUAAGGCAACCUCUAGUAAGGCAGCUUCUAGUAAAGCAGCAGCCUCCAAAGCAGCGCCCAAGCCAGCGCCCAAACCAAAGGUUGUUGACCCGUAUGAAGGUUACGACAGUGACUGGGGACUCAAUGAAAAUGAUGGAGGAGAAGACGAUGACGAAAACUAUAUUUUUUCGAAUAAAAAGGAACAGCAUGAGUUUGAAACCAAGUUUCCCUCAUCUCAGGCGAUUACCGAACACCACCGUAAAGUUACGGAACAGAUUCAGAAAAUCAGAGAUAACCUCAGCAAACUUUUAUUGAUUGAAGAAUCAGUCAAUGAACAAUCCAUUCUUAAGGAAUUGGGCAAACUUAAGUCUAUGAAGUUGCCUAGUUCUCUCAUCAAAGCUACCCAGUUAAACAAGUUAUUGAUAGUAGUAUUGAGACGCCCAAGUGAUGCAUUUCCAUUUAAGAGUAUAAGGAAUGAGAUAUCAGGCUUACUUAAGAAGUGGCUUGAUUUAGAAAUUCUUCCUAACGACUCAGAAGAUUUUAAGUUGCCAGAGAAUGGUUCGCCAAGCGAACCUGUGAGCAGGAACCUGGUUGUUCCGGAAUCAGCGGCAACCAUAGAGAACGGAAAUUAA